GCAAGUGUUCUUCUCGCUACAAGCGGUGCUUUCGUUACCACAGGUUCUUCUGUGCCAUUCUUUGAUUAUACAUCACCUGCUCCCUAUCACCUGCUCUUCAUAUCGCACAUGCUGGCCAUGUUCGCAAUGUUGAGAUCUGGCUUUAGCAUGAUGCGCUGGCUACACACCGACCGGCAGUUGGCUCGAGAAAGACUCCAACAAGGCGGCUACUUCGUCUUGUCCUACCUGUUGUCCAUCGUCACGCCUAUGUUCUUUGUCGGCUGGUCCCUGAAUUGUUUUAUAUUUGCGAUGUUGAUAGCAGGCUUUGGCUCCCAAAGCAUGAUCUGCCGCGCCGUCGCUGCACUCUGGCUGGUCGUGUAUCUCGUCAACAUGGGGACGAUAUUGAUGGAACUUAUGUGGAAGUAUGCGAAAGACUUCUGAUCUACAUGCUGGGGUGUACGACACUGGCAGAAAUGUACUAUUAAAAUGUGGAACAAAUAUGUAUGCGGUAUGCAGUAUGCAGUAUCUCAAUCAUUUCAUUGAAUUCCAAGGGGAUAGGCGGACCAUAGGUUUAUGUUUUGCCACCCUUCUUCCCCAUUAUCAAAACAGAAU